AUGCAUCAGUCAUCGUUGCAUUUGCUUCGUAUGGGAGAUGAUGGCCGACCGUUCGAUAAGGACUUUAAAGAUAUCUUCUCCACGCUCAUUGUCAGCCUUCUCCCUCUCUCGGCCCACCGUGUCCGGUUGACAAAGGUUGAGUACACUUUCCUCUCCCAAAACGCCAUCAGCAACCUUAUGUAUCUCAAAUUCACUCAAUCCAAUCGCCUACCCGAUCCUAAGGAUUCUUCUCGUAUUAUCAACACAACCACCGCCAUCACAUUCUCAAUGUCUAAGGAAGUGGCCCGCUCUAUCUGUCAAUGCUUCGUUGACGCCCGGCUUAUUGAAUCGGCCGAUGCGACGCGGCUUGUUCUCCUUGAACGAGACUUAGAAACUGACAAACUUCACUAUGAUCAAGGCACUAUUGAGAUCGUCUUUCGUCGACUCAUCGGUGCCGAUAGCUGUAAUGCUAUGUCAAGCAUGGCAGCUGCUGAUUCAAGCUCGAUACUCGAAUAUAGGGACAGUAUCACUGAGGUCAAGCCUUCUGCUGACCUCAAGGCCAAUGGAAAAAUCUACAACGAUACUUUCCCCGGCAAGGCUAUAAUCGACUGGCUAAUGAACUAUACCACCAUUAUGGAAGAGCGCGAAGCCGUUGCGGUUGCCACUCGUUUCAUGGACUACAACCUAAUAGAUCGUGUGACCAAGGAUAGGGCAUAUACUUUCCAGAACCCAGCCGCUGGGAACAAUAUCUUCCAUUUCAGCAAGCAUGCUUUCUAUCAAUUAACGCAACGAUCAAAGCGCCUCAUCAAUGGCUCAAGUUCACCACGACAGUCUCCAGAGAGGGAGCACUAUACUAGCUACCAAAGGAACAGUAUCUUCAUGGAUUCCAACACGCAACGGCUUGACAAAAUCCUGACAGAUCCGUCAGUGCGACUUCUCUUUCGCGAGCAAUCCCGAGACACAUAUUGCGAGGAAAACCUGACAUUCUACCAAGACGUGGAUGAGUUCAUACGGAAUAGUAAGGCGGCUACGCGCGCUGCCCGCAAGGAACUCAAUAUGACGACAAAGGCCGGCAUCGAUGAUAGUAUAGCUCAAGCCUAUAGAAUCUAUCAUGCUUUCCUUGCUUCUGGCUCACCUUGCGAGCUUAAUAUUGACCACCAGCUGCGAAACAGUCUUACAACGCGGAUGAGUAAGGCUGUAAGUCAGGACGCUACCAUAAUCGACACUGUUGAAGAAGUGAUAUUCUUAUUCGAGGAAGCUCAAGAGGUUGUAUUUAAAUUAAUGGCCAGUGUAAGUGUGUUUUAA